AUGCGCUCCACAUCCUCCACAGCGUUGCCUGGCCGCCCAUGGACUCCGCCAGAGGACGUCUUCCCAGACGAACAUGCGUCCGACUCCACACCGCCUCUCGACCAGAAUGACGACUCUCAACGACUAACUCGUCCGCAUGCGGAAAUCGUCCAACCAAAACGACCUCGUAAGCUGCAGAUUCGCGCGACCAAGCCCGUUAUGUUGGAGUCUCCCGAGCUAAGCGCAACCGGAUACUCGUCCAGAGCCGAUGCGCAAACCCCAACACAUGAGUAUGGCGUUGAGAACAUGCCUGCGCAGAACCCACAUCCAUUCAUGGCGGAUCCCAUCACACCCAUCAGAACCCCAUGGAGCUCUGGCCUUCUGCCGAGCAAGGACAUCCCGCAAUAUCCCUACACACCCGAGUCGAUACGCACGACAAAGUCGCAUGAGAUCCGGUCGCUCUCACCACUUCCUUCGAUGCCAUGGGAUACAAAGGACUCCUGCCAUUCUCCCAUGCAAGAUGCGCUCCUAUCAUGCGCCUCGAAUCUCGAAAGCCUGAUUAUGAGUCGGGAGCCCACCGACGAGCAGAUGGAGUACUUGGUGUCCAAAUUCGAGGAGAUGGCGGGUUUCCUUACUGCGCCCGAUUCCCAGUCGAAGCAGACGGACGAUCAUUUGUUCUCCGAACCCGAAGAACCUUCUGAGGCUACAGGUCUCGGUAUCAUACCCCAAGAGCCUGCCAACGAUCAUGUGAAUGCAGACGAUCUUGCUUUAGGCCAGUCCUACAUCUUAGAAGUUGGCAAGUACAUUGAGAGCGUGAAGUGUCACGUGCGAGACUUAACCACGCGGAUGGAUGAAGUGAAACAGCUGAACUCCAUUCAGCUCGACAUCAUUGGAGAUCUGCGGAGAGAUCUCAGGAACAAGACCUUCCAGACGAACAGAACCGCUCUGGUGAAACAUGAGGAUGAUGAGCUUAUGCAGAACCCAGAAAAUGUCAGAAAACCUCCUCUUCCAAGGAACAGCUUCUGGUCCGCGGUAGGCGAAGCGUUAGACAAGGUGGGAGAGCUAUUCCACGAGUGGUAA